GCAGCUAAGUUCUUCUGGUUCAGUUCUUCGCUUUCCAUUUCGGGUUGAUAUUGUGGUUUCUUGGUUUUCUUAGCUUGAUACUGCUUGUUUUCGUUGCCUUCUUGCUCUUGUGGUUGCUCGAUUUCAUUUGCUUUCCUAGAUCUGCUACUCUGAAACCCUAGAUCUACUACUCUGCGAUCCUAGAUCUACUACUCUGCGAUCUACUUGUUUGUUCUACCUCUCAUCUUUUUCCCUGGAAUCCUAGAUCUGUUCUCUCAAUAUCAUCCAUGGCUGUUACUCAGACUACAGUUUACUUGCCUACUAUUCUUUUAGAUGAAUUGAACUAUCCUACUUGGCUAUUUCGCCUUGAAUCAUUUCUGAGGGGUCAAAAUUUGUUUGGCUUUGUGGAUGGCUCUCAUCCUUGUCCUCCUUAGUAUACUAUCUCUGAUGAUGGCUCUAAGUCUAUUAAUAGUGCGUAUGUAGCAUGGAAAACUCAGGAUCAGAGUAUUGUUAACAUGCUUGGUCAAACCUUGAGUCCUGUAGCUAUGUCUUGUGCUGUGGGUAGUCGAUCUUCUCAGGAAAUGUGGUCUAACCUCCGCCUUAAGUUUGCAGCUCCUAAUAGGCAAAAUAUCCUUCAGCUUAAGUCUAAUCUUCAGGGCAUGAGGAAAGGUUCUGAUAGUAUUGAGACCUACUUGGACAAAAUCAAAUCUGCAAGGGAUGCUUUAGAGACUGUGGGUGUGUUCUUGGAUGAUGAGGAUAUUGUGGUCACUGUUUUGAGAGGGUUACCAGCUGAGUUUGCAGCUAUCAAAACAGUGAUCAGGGCUCAGUUUGUGAGUUGUUCUAUGGGAGAAUUAAAAACACUUCUCAAGGCUGCUGAAAUUGAUAUUAAGAAUGAAUCCCAACCUGUGUCCCUCACUGCAAUGGUUGCUCAAAGCUCUCAUCCCACUUUGUCACCAUCACCACCUCCUACUCCCAUUUCUUCACAACCUACUCCUUCAUCAUUUGCUCCCCCCUGUUUCAGUCCUCCAUCUCAGGCUCCCACUAGUCUCAUUUCACCUGUGUCCUCUUAUGCAGCCUAUAUUCCCAUACCUGCAGUGCCAUAUGGUUUCUCUCCCUUUCCAGCCUAUUCAUCUUUUGAUCCAACCUUUGGUGCUAGUGCAUUCUAUGCUGGUAGGGGUCGUGGCAGGUUCAAUGGUGGGAGAUUUACCAAUAUUGGUGGAAGAGGGUUUAAUGGUGGUCAACAAUUUUCCAAUAAUGAGUAUACCACAGGUGCUUUUACAGGUAAUGCUAUCCCAACUGGUACUCCUCUCUCUUGUCAGUUGUGUGGAAGAGUUGGUCAUGGGGCCAGGACCUGUAGAACUCUUAAUCAGUAUCCAAAUCUCACACAAGUUCAUCAGGGUGUGUCCUCAAGUGUUGCAGGUGUAGAGUGUCAAUACUGCAGAAGAAAGAAUCAUACUGUUGAUAGAUGCUAUCACAUUAUUGGAUUUCCAGGUCAACAACAGCAAGGUCCUUCCACCAAUGCAGCAAUGUUUGCCUCUACAUCAUCCCCUCAGUUCUGGCUUGCUGAUUCUGGUGCCACCAAUCAUAUGACCAGUGAAGUGCAACUUUUGAACAAUAUUGCUCCAUAUUCUGCCUCAGACACAGUCCAAGUUGGUAAUGGACAAGGUGCUGGGAAGAAUACUGUACAAGGGGCUGAGUAGACAAGGGUUGUAUCCCAUUCCUUUUGAUCUGCCACUCAAGCUUGGUUCAGCAACCUCUACUGAUUUGGCCAAUUCUGCUCGAAAAUCAGCAUUUGUUGGAAGAUGUAUCAAGAAUAGCAUUUGGCAUCAGAGGUUUGGGCACCCUUCUAUUGAGAUAGUCAAGUCUAUGUUAAUUCAGUGUAAUCUCCCUAGUGAGAAUUCUGUUGAAAUUUCUGUGUGUGAAGCCUGCUUACAUGGAAAGUUUCACAAGCUGCCUUUUUCACCUUCUACUACUCGGAGUGAUAAACCUUUUCAGCUUAUACAUUCAGAUGUUUGGGGCCCUGCUCCUCAUUUUUCCCUAGAUGGUUUCAAGUACUUUGUAAUUUUCAUUGAUGAUUGUACUAGAUACACAUGGAUGUUUCCCAUGAAAAAUAAAAAUGAGGUUUUCUCA